AAUCGUUUAUUUUUCAAGCUCUUGGGUGUUUAACUCCGUUAAUUUUGAAAGGUUCUGCAAAAUCACCAAAAUCUGCAGAGUGGAUGUGCUCUGCUCUUUAUGAAUUGUUCAAAGCAUUAAGCGUUCCCAUGAAUAUGACAGAUUCACUUGGAAUAAGUCAUAUAAUUAAUGACCUUAACAUAAUUGAUCCAUCAAUAUUUGAUGCAGUGCCAGUGUUUAAUUCUACGUUUAAAAGGGCAACUAACACUUAUUCAGGUAAAGCAAUAGCUACUUUAUUGGGAUUGCAAGAAGACGAAACAUUUACGUUGGAUAAUUUGGUUAGACUAUUUAUAACUAUAAUUGCUUAUGAUCCUGGAUCGUUAAGAGCUGAGCAAUUCGUUCAUCUUCUGCAAUAUUUAAUUCCACACUUUUUGCAUGAAUCUUCUUCGGUUAGAACAUUAGUGGAUGAUGGAAUGACAGCUUUAACUGAAGUGUUUCUAAAAUUCACCAAAUCAUCUAAACCAUUGAUUGCAGGAACAGGCUUUUCUGGGAGUGGAAUGAUAUAUAUAAAUCAAGAAGAAGAUGUUGAUUCAACAGAUGAUGCUAUUAAUGACGUUCAACUUAUUACUGAAGCAACAACACAAGCUUUUGGAAAGAAUUGGAAACAAAACGAUCGCAUGACGAUCAAAAGACAAUUCUUAACAUUAGUACAAGUUUAUCGACAACAUAAUGGAAUGCUUUCAGAUAGUUGUCAUGAUAAAAUAGCUCAAAUCAUUCGUAUGAUGAUCAAGGAUUAUGCGGCUAUUAAAAUGCGUGUUUCUACUAAUUUUCUCAAAAAUUACAUUAAAAAUGCAUUAUUAUAUAAUACCACAUUUGAAGAUGGUCGAAAACCAAUCAUGGCAUUAUUACGACAAGUUUCCCAUGCAUUCCGUCAACAUUACAAGCACAUUGAUUUUUCGGGUUUCAUUGAUGGAUUAGUUUUAAUUGUAAAUGACAAGGCAGAAUUUGCAAUUAAUGAUCCUGUAAUGGCGGAUUUAUUAAAAGAAAAAUUUGUAUCAUUUGGACUACAUGUAGUUUUGAAACCUGACUGGGAAGAUUCUACAGAGACUAUGCAAAAUCGUUUAUGUAGUAGUUUAAUAAAUUUAUUUGUUGCUAUGAUGACUUAUUCGACACAAGAUAUGCUAUCAGAGCUUGAUAAAUAUCCUCCUUCGCAUACAUUGAUGGCAUAUAUAGUCAUUCCCAUAUGCCUCCAAUACAAAGAGGUUGCAAUCUUUACACCACUUGCAGCGAGUUUUAAUCAGCAUGAAAAAAAUGCAAGAAUUGUUUGGAGUCGUCUUUUAGAUUAUAUAACAAAAGCAUUUUAUAAAAAUAAAGAAAUUUGUGAAAAUGAAGACGAAAAUCAAAACAAGACAACCUCCAUGAUGGAAACUACAGCUAUUUUUAUAUUGGGUUUUACAGCAUUGAAAAUUUUAAUGGUUCGUGCAAACAAAUAUGUUACACAAUCAAAAGGAAUGUGGGUUUAUAUUGCACAGUUCGUAAGACAAAUUUUAGCAACGGUUGGUACAUCUCAAUCCGGACAAUGGUCUGGUGCGUCAACCCCUAGAACUAGUAGCACUAGCAUUCACAUUAUUGCAGAACCCUUAGAAACUAAUAUGGGGUCCUUGACAGACGAUAAACCAUAUUUGAAUUUGAAUAAUCACACAAAAUCUCCUUCGUCCGCAACAGAUUUUGUAUUAUGGACAUUUAUUGAAUUAAUUUUAUCAUAUAAACUGCCAAUUAAUUUGUAUUUGCGAACAUUUAUACAUCAAAAACUUCAACAUUCAACCAUCGGAAAGUCGUCACGACCCCAAACCCCUAAUAGCCCUAUUAUCGCAACAAACAAUCGUGAAUCAAAAUGGAGAAGUUGGGGUGGCCCACCUGUUGGGUUCCAGCAAGCAUUAUAUAGAUCUUUGGAAAAAGACUCAAAUACUCAAGGGUCUAAUAAAGAUAUAAUUGAGCCAUCAGGAGGUGGUAUUUUGUCUUCAAACAAUGGUUCACAAAAUGAUCUUAAUAUUAUUCCACAAUUUAAUGCAUCUGUUGUACAGACUAUCCAUAGCUCACACCAUAAUAGCUUACAAAAUUUGGUUAGCGAAACAUUAAAUUCAUAUUUAAAUGUUCGUGCACUAAUGGGAUAUGGUAAUAUCAGAUUAUCAAUGCAUAAUAGUAAUAAUUUUUCUGAGUUAAGGGCUUGGAGUUAUAAACAAGUAUUAGAGAAAUUAAAGGAGGAAAGAAAAUUAGUAAUAGCUGCUUAUAAAGAAGUAUUCAAAGUUUCUGGUUCUGAUGGAGUUACAUAUCACGGAACUGAUGUUUAA